ACCCAUUGAAGAUCAAGAUCAAACCAUAAUAAGCAUCAUCCAUGGCAGAUGAACUAGAUCAAGAAUCCGAAGCUCAACUUCAGUACCCAACAGACCAAAAUGCAUACAGACUCUUGGAUGAGAUUGGCGGUACAGGUGCUAGCGCCAAAGUUCACAAAGCAAUAUGUAUCCACAACAUCUCGAAGUCAACUUUGGUUGCAAUCAGAAUCUUUGAUCUUGAGCAAUAUCCAGCCGAUUUUGAUUGUCUCAGACGUGAAACCAAAACCAUGUUACUUCAUUCACACCCUAACGUUCUUGCAUCCCAUCGUUCUUUUGUCGUUGAUAGCUAUCUUUGGGUGGUUAUGCCUUACAUGGCUGCUGGCUCUCUCCAGCCUAUAAUCUCUUCUUACUUCCCCGACGGACUACCAGAGCCAAGCAUCGCAAUAAUUCUCAAAGAAACCCUCCAGGGAUUGUGUUAUAUUCAUGAUCAAGGCCGUUUACACACAGAUAUCAAGGCGGGCAACAUUCUUAUAGACACAGAAAAUGGUAGCAUAAAACUUGCAGAUCGUGGCAAAUCGGUCUCGAUUUACGACUUAAGAUGCGCUGUGGGAUCAUCCCCGUUGUCCCCUUCAUCAAGAAUGAGGUUGACUGAUGUUGCAGGGACCCCAUAUUGGAUGGCACCAGAGGUUAUACAUGACUUAGAUGCAGGUUAUAGUCUCGAGGCUGAUAUAUGGUCUUUUGGUAUUACUGCAUUGGAAAUAGCCUAUGGUCGACCUCCUUUCUCUGACCUUCCUCCAUCGAAGUCUUUGAUCAUGAAGAUAAAGAAGAGGCUUGGGUUCUCUAAUUAUCAUGACGAGAAGUACAAGAAAGAUUUCAAGGACAAGAAGUUCUCUAAAGAAUUUAAAGAUAUGGUUGCUUCUUGUCUUGAUCAGAACAAGAAGUUCUCUAAAGAAUUUAAAGAAAUGGUUGCUUCUUGUCUUGAGCAAGACCCUUCAAAGAGACCUUCUGCUGAUCAGCUUUUAGAGUAUUCUUUCUUCAAGAACUGUAGAGGAUUAGACUUUUUGUUCAAGAAGGUUUUCGAUGGGUUACCUAAUGUUGAAGAAACAUUCAAAGAACUCAAGGCUUUACAAGGGACACCAAGCCAGAUUACUGCUGGCACUGAUGUUGAAGAAGAAGAAGAGCGUCCUGAAUCAGUUGGUCCAAGUGAGAAGACUAGAUGGAUCAGUGGUUGGAAACUAAAUGAGUAUGAAUUCAAUCUUGUCCCGGAAUUCAGUAGUGAUUCAGAAGAUGAUUCAGUUGUGAAAGUGGUUCGUUUUGGGGGUGAAACAAUCAUUCCGGACACGAACAUUGGGUUCAGUGUGUCGUCUAUCGGGUCAAGUGACUUGGAGGGUCCAGUGGAGGAUCAUACUGGUGAAAACAUGAGCGGAAUAGAAGGAAUCGUUGAGGACUUUAAUCAAGUGACAGUGUUAGAGGGUUUAAUGGCAUCAAAGAGGAAUUUGGAUGAGCAGAGAAGGCAAGUAGCAAGAAUGAUUGUUCUGUUGGGCGGGGAGGCUGAUGGAGAGGAACAAUUGGUGCAAAGGAUUGAGAAUCUGACGAGGGAGUUGGACCUUGAGAAGGAAAAGAACCUGAAGUUGGAGAUGGAAUUGGAAAAUAUCAAAACUGUGAUUUCUGGUGCAUAUAAUGACGCUUCUGCUACUGCUUCUGCUGCUGCUGCUGCUGAUGAUGAUGAUGAUGAUGCAGCAUGUGAUGAGAUUGACUGA